GAGGGGGUGGCAGGUGGUUGUGCUGCUUCUGCAGAGCUCCCAGACCAGCCAGACGUGGUAGGGGUGAGGAUCCUCUCUCUCCCCUCAGGACGAGGUGCUGCUGAUCCAGGAGGCCAAGAGAGAGUGCCGUGGGUCGUGGUACCUGCCUGCGGGGAGAAUGGAGCGCGGGGAGACCAUCGUGGAGGCGCUGCAGCGGGAGGUGAAGGAGGAGGCUGGGCUGCACUGUGAACCCCUGACGCUACUGUCCGUAGAAGAGCGGGGCCCUUCCUGGAUCCGUUUCACAUUCCUUGCUCGCCCCACAGGUGGAAUUCUCAAGACUUCCAAGGAGGCAGAUGUGGAGUCCCUGCAGGCUGGCUGGUUCCCACGGACCUCCCUGCCCACUCCACUGCGGGCCCAUGACAUUCUGCACCUGGUGGAGCUAGCCGCCCAGUAUCGCCAGCGGGCCAGGCACCCUCCUGUUCUGCCCCAAGAGCUUCCCUGCAGUCUGGUCUGCCAGCGACUCGUGGCCACCUUUACCAGCAUCCAGACGGUGUGGGUGUUAGUGAGCACGGUGGGUAUGCCCCACUUGCCCAUCACCACCUCUGGCUUCACCCCCAUGGAACAGAGGGGUGGCCUCAAGAUGGCUGUUCUGCGGCUGCUUCAGGAAUGCCUGACCCUGCACCAUCUGGCAGUGGAGACCAAGGGCUUGCUUGGACUGCAGCACCUGGGCAGAGAUCACACAGAUGGCAUCUGCCUGAAUGUGCUGGUGACAGUGGCUUUUCGAAACCCAGGUAUUCAGGAUGAGCCCCCGAAGGUUCGGGGUGAGAACUUCUUUUGGUGGAAGGUGGUGGAGGAAGACCUACAAAGCCAGCUCCUACAGAGGCUUCAGGAAUCCUCUGUCAUCCCAGUGAACAGAUAGGAAGGCACCAGAAGAAGCCAGGAACUGGGCAUUUGUGCUCCCUUGGAGGGAGGGAGGAGGCUGGCAACCAGGGAUCUUGUUGCAUUAAGAGCUAGAGCAGUU